GCUGCCAUGACAACCCCGGGAAGGCAGCGCCCGGGCGGGCGAGCUCCGAGGCGAUGCUCCCGGCCGGGAGGCAGCGCGCAGCUGGGCUGCUGAAAGUGGGGGCAGCCGCCGGCUCCUGCGCGCCUCUGCUGCGCGCCUCGCGCCUCCCGCCGGCCGCCGCGCCCUGCCCGCGCUGAGCCGAGCCGAGCCGGGCUCCUUCCCUGCGCCCGCCGGAGAGCCGAGCCGAGCCGAGCCCGGGCGGCGGGAGCCGGCGCGGCCAGCAAGUUGCAGCGGCGGAGCGGACUGCGGUGCCCGGCGCCCGCGGAGGGCCCUGCCCGGCUCCUCACUUUCUCGCCGCCGCCGGCGGGAGAUGGGAGUUUAGAGCUGGCGGGGGCAGGGCUCGCCGGGGCAAAGAGUGCCCGUGCGCAGCGGAGAUGCCACCUUCCCCAAAGCUAUGGACAACGUGACCGUCAGACAAGGGGAGAGCGCCACCCUCAGGUGCUCCGUGGAUAACAGAGUCACUCGAGUGGCCUGGCUGAAUCGCAGCAGCAUCCUCUACGCUGGCAAUGACAAGUGGUGUUUGGACCCCCGGGUGGUGCUCCUGUCCAACACCAAAACCGAGUACAGCAUCCAGAUCCAGGAUGUGGACGUGUACGACGAGGGGCCCUACACCUGCUCCGUGCAGACAGACAAUCACCCCAAAACGUCACGGGUGCAUCUCAUUGUGCAAGUGUCUCCCAAAAUUGUUGAGAUCUCUUCCGAUAUCUCCAUCAACGAAGGCGGCAACAUCAGCCUCACCUGUAUAGCCACGGGCAGACCGGAUCCUACAAUCACCUGGAGGCACAUCUCCCCCAAAGCUGUGGGUUUCGUGAGCGAGGACGAAUACCUGGAGAUCACGGGGAUCACCCGGGAGCAAUCUGGCGAGUACGAGUGCAGCGCGUCCAACGACGUGGCAGCUCCCGUCGUCCGGAGAGUGAAAGUCACCGUGAACUACCCGCCGUACAUCUCGGACGCCAAGAGCACCGGGGUGCCCGUGGGGCAGAAGGGCAUUCUUCAGUGCGAAGCCUCCGCCGUCCCCGCCGCAGAAUUCCAGUGGUACAAAGACGACAAAAGGCUGGUAGAAGGACAGAAAGGGGUGAAAGUCGAAAGCAAAGCCUUCUUCUCCAGACUGACCUUCUUCAACGUCUCCGAGCAGGACUACGGGAACUACACCUGCGUGGCCUCCAACAAGCUAGGAAAUACCAACGUCAGCAUCAUCCUGUACGAAAUAAGUGAGCCCACAAGCUCAACCUUGUUCCAAGAAGAGACAACUACAGCCCUGACACCCUGGAAAGGCCCCGGAGCAGUGCAUGAUGGGAACAACGGCACAUCAAGAAGAGCUGGCUGCAUUGGGCUGCUUCCCCUCCUGCUGUUGCAUCUGCUCCUCAAGUUUUGACCCAAGUGCUGAUUCUGCGGAGUAGCGACAACCACAGCAACAAGAAGAAGAAAACGUAUAACAUUUAAAAAAGAAAAAUAAGCGUUAUAAUAAAGAGAAUGUAUUACCAGAAAAUCUGAGGGGGAGAGAGAAAGAGGGGGAAAAGGGAAUUUUGAAAAAAAAAAUCCAUUUUUUUUCUCGCUGAAGUUUAGACACAGCUGAACCUUUUUCUUUCUUUCUCUUUUUUUUUUUCUUUUUCUUUCUGCAAUGGACAAGUGUGCCGGUACCAAGGACCAACCAGUACAUUUGGCUGAACGGCUCCCCCCGCUCCGCCACCACAUCCCUCAUUCCGAGGCAGCUGGCUCGGUCAUUUCUUUCUGCUCGACUCUCCCCCCUGGAUGAUUACGGAGUCGGCUGUUCCAGCACAUGCAUAUGCAGACGCACAGCAUUUUUUUUUCCCCUGGAGAUUUUCCCUCCUUUUCAUGGACUGUGCUGCCAUUCGUGUUAGUAUGAAACAAACAAGCAAAAAUUGACGCCGAGACGAACGAAAAGGAACAAAGCAAACCAGUUGUUAAACAUUUCUUCAUUCUACUACGCACGGACAUCAUGGAGAAUGAGGGAUCUGAUUCAUUAUUAAUUUUAUUAAUUAUAUUUUCUGAUGAGCCUAGAACGAUUAGUUCAUAAAAAAAAACAAGAAAAGAGAAGUAUGUUUAUUAAGCAUUAAAAACAAAACAAGCGGAUAGUGUUCUUCUUAACUACGUGUGCAAGAGGUGGCAUCUCAGCUUGUCUUAGGGUUUUUGCAAAAUUGGUGUGAACAGUCAACGAGUCCUGGGAGGGCGGGGGAAAGUGUUUUUACAAACAAUUCCUCCACCAGCGUUAUUGAAACUUCAUCCAUUUCUCUGGUGUUUAAGGCAGAAGAUACUAUGCUAGCUAUGGCUAUCUACGUACUGUUUUGGAAAUGGAAAAGCUGAUGCUCAUUGUAUGUUGAGUUGGAUGGAUAUGCUUAUUCUUUUUAUGGGAUAUAUACAUAUAGAUAUAUAUAUAUAUACAUACACAUAUAUAUAUAUAUUAUUUUUUUUGUUAGCAUUCUAGACACAUUAUUUCUCAACAGGCUCCUCCUUCUGCCAUUCCUGCAUGCUGUAUAUGGACUUAGCUGUGUAUUGGUCUUCUUCUAAGAGAUGAUAGAGUUUCUUGAUGAUUGUGUAAUCAAUUCCUGCCUAUUAUUUUGUCCCCUCCUUCCCCUGGGUUAUUUACAUGUUGGAGACACUUAUUU